GGAUAAUCCGAGCCCACGCAAGGGUGGCGACAUCCCUUAAAAGGGCGGCCCGAGGCGCCCAGGCCACCACAAUGUUGGCAGCCGCGCUGCUGGCGGGACUUCUGGCGGCCGCCCUCGUCCGGCCGCACUCGGUCGACCACCCGCACAUCCCCUGGCUGGCCGUCCAACUGGCCGCCAAGUCGUCCGCCGUCGCAGAGGCCAAAGCCGACGAGUGCAGAUCCGCCUCGGCCACCUUCCUCCUCCUCCUCCUGCAGGCCAAGUCCAACAGGGAGACGGCCCACAAGCUCAUGAGCGAGUUCGAAAAAGGGAGCGAAAAGUGCGGGACGCGGCUGAGCGUGUCUUCGGACGAGUCGCGGUGGCCGCGGCUGCUGGUGCACGUGCAGUGCUCCUGCGAGGGCCGUCAGUGCCACUUGUUCGGCGGCUCGUCGUGCACCACCGUCCUCGGCACCGUCGACGUCCUCCGCCUCGCCUCCAACAACAUAAUGCUGCCCACGCAGGAGGUGGCGCCCGUCGGCUGCGUCUGCCUCGACAGACCCUCCAAGAAGGCCACAUUCGUCAAGCCGCACCAAGUCGACAACAAUCUCAAUUAA